UACGGUGCAUGUGCUGCAGUUGUAUUAUCCACCGAAGUCUGAAAUUUAAUCGCUGAAAUCAAAUCUAUCUUUAUUUAAUAUUUGUAAACAAACGAUGGCAACACAAGGAAAAAUCGUUUUUGUAACCGUAGGUACCACAAGCUUUGAUGCAUUAAUAGAAGAAAUUUCAAGUGACAAGACUCUUACUAUUCUUAAGCGUUUGGGUUACUCUAAAGUCAUCCUCCAGAUUGGAAGAGGAAAUAUCGAGCCCCAGCAGAUCAACCAACCUGAUUUUUGCCUUGAGGCUUACCGAUAUAAGGACUCCAUUGCAGAAGAUAUUUACAAUGCUGAUCUGGUCAUAAGUCAUGCAGGAGCUGGGAGCUGUUUGGAGACCCUUGGAGCAAGGAAACCCCUUCUUGUUGUUAUCAAUGAACUCCUGAUGGGAAAUCAUCAGUUGGAACUUGCAGAUCAGCUGUGUAAAGAUGAACACCUAUUUCACACAACACCAAGCAAACUGGCACAUGAUCUUGAGACGAUGGAUUUCUCUCUGCUAAAGCCGUUCCCUCCUUGCGACCCGUCAAAUUUCUCAUCCUUCCUGGACAAAGCUUUAGGAGUAUCCUGAGAUUCGAUGCAGUGCAGCGAUGCGAUACAUUCCAAAUCAAGGUCCUUUAAAGGGAAAAUUUUCCCCUUUUUUUUAAUAAAAGCAGAAAGAUGAGAAAGAAACAGAUUACUUAAAUUAGAGAAAUAUCCAACAAAGAAUAAGAAGAUGUAUUUUUGAAAUUCUAAUCAAUCAAACACAGAUCAGCAAUUCCUUGAUAUGCUUACGAUAAAACCUCCCAUUUUACUUCAUUCUGAAAUUUUCAUAAAUUUCCCUUUUUAGGGUUUUGAUAAAGGAUUAGAUCUUUUUCAUUAAGGGGUCAUGUAGAAACAUUUGUGAAAUGAUUAUAUUUAGGGCAGCUCAUAUAAUGGGGAUAAUAGUAGCAUAACAUCUCAUUAAAUGUCGGUUAAAAUAAAGUUUUCAGUGUACUAAUAAGUUCAAUCAUAUGUCACUGAAGCCUUAAAAACAGACAUUUGUAAG